AUUCCACCCUCCAACUCCAAGCCCAGCCCACUCAAGCACUCCCCACAGUGUAAAUGAGGACAAUGUCUGCUGGCCCACGUGGGGAGGGGAUGUAGAGGGCAGCGGCACCGGCCGCUCCUGGCACCAUGGACGAUGCCGCAGUCCUAAGGAAGAAGGGUUACAUCGUGGGCAUCAAUCUGGGCAAAGGCUCCUAUGCAAAAGUCAAAUCUGCCUACUCCGAGCGCCUCAAGUUCAAUGUGGCAGUCAAGAUCAUUGACCGCAAGAAAACACCCACUGACUUUGUGGAGAGAUUCCUUCCUCGGGAGAUGGACAUCCUGGCAACCGUCAACCACCGCUCCAUCAUCAAAACCUACGAGAUCUUCGAGACUUCCGAUGGGAGGAUCUACAUCGUCAUGGAGCUUGGCGUCCAGGGCGACCUCCUGGAGUUCAUCAAGUGCCGGGGAGCCCUGCAUGAGGAUGUGGCACGCAAGAUGUUCCGCCAGCUCUCUUCGGCUGUCAAGUACUGCCAUGACCUGGAUGUUGUCCACCGAGACCUUAAGUGCGAGAACCUUCUCCUCGACAAGGACUUCAACAUCAAGCUGUCUGACUUCGGCUUCUCCAAACGCUGCCUGCGGGACAGCAGCGGGCGCAUCCUCCUCAGCAAGACCUUCUGUGGGUCUGCGGCAUAUGCAGCCCCCGAGGUGCUACAGGGCAUCCCCUACCAGCCCAAGGUGUAUGACAUCUGGAGCCUGGGUGUGAUCCUCUACAUCAUGGUCUGCGGCUCCAUGCCCUACGAUGACUCUGACAUAAAGAAGAUGCUGCGCAUCCAGAAGGAGCACCGCGUGGACUUCCCCCGCUCCAAGCACCUGACGAAUGAGUGCAAGGACCUCAUCUACCGCAUCCUGCAGCCAGACGUCAACCGACGGCUGCACAUUGAUGAGAUCCUCAGCCAUGCUUGGCUGCAGCCCCCCAAGCCCAAAGCCAUGUCUUCCAGUUCCUUGAAAAGGGAGGGUGAGGGCAAGUACCGGACUGAGUGCAAACUGGACACCCGGCCAGGCUCGCGGCCUGACCACCGGCCCGACCACAAGCUGGGGGCCAAAACCCAGCACCGGCUGCUGGUGGUGCCUGAGAACGAGGACAGCAGGAUGGAGGACCGGCUGGCCGAGGCCUCCAGGGGCAAAGACCAUCACCCUUCUGGAGCCGAGGUGGGGAAAGCAAGCACCUAGCAGUAGU